AUGAUGGACGUCCUCAACGCCGCGCUGACAGUCACCUACCCCGUACACAGAGCGUAUCCCUUCGGAAGGUGGUUCCACCGCGUGUCGGCGCUGCUGCUCGCCGCGGUCGGCGUGUUCAUCGUGCUGUGGGCUGUCGCUACCUCCGCGUACGAGCCGGUCCCCGUCUCGAGCGAGACGUUCUCCCUCCCCCACAGCGGGUGGUACCUCGCCCUCGUCGGCAAACCGCGGCCAUGCCAAUCCGUCGUAUUCGGGCCAGGCGAUAGUCUGCACACGACCAACGCGGUCUUCGACUGGUCCAUCACCCAGCCCACGGUAUACAGCGGCACAAGACUCAACUGCAGUAUCGCAGGCACGACGAUCGCCGUCGCGGGUCCGAGCGUCGUCUCCGAGCUCGUGGCGACCUGCGCCCCGCCCUUCGGCGGCACGCUGAGCGCGUCGCACGCGUCCAACGGCGUAAACUCCAGCACGGCGGCCAUCCUCGCCGCGCUCGGCCUCCCCCUGCCCCCACGAACGGCGGUCGUCGGCGCGCUCGACGCUGUCGCGUACGACCUGGGCACUAGGCUCAAAGCGGUCGAGCGCGGCCUCACGCUCUCCGUGAGCGUUACAACGACGACAUCCGCUAGGGCGGGCGGAAACGGCGCCUUCUCCCUCCUCACCACGCAGUACGGCGACAACGGCUCCCUGCCCGACGCGCUACGCACCCCGUUGGCCAACUACGUUGCCGUGCUGUCCACUGCCGCGGCGUACGACCUCGGCAUUGAGUCGAAUACGAGCGUGGCGACGAGCGAUAGCUACACCGCGCUCUCGCCGCUGACUGGCGCGUUGUCCCUCGCCGCCGCGCCCAAGCCGCUCCCGCAGCCGCCGGGAGCGACGCUUGCAACGCGGUACGCGUGCACGGCGUACGUGCGCAAGCCGCUCGGCGCGGCCAUCGCGGCGACGUUGGCCACAGCCGGCGCGUUGUGGCUCCCCCUCCUCGCCCUCUUCCACACGCUCACGAAACUUGCCUCAAAGGCCACUUCCCAGCGCAACAACUUCGACCUCUCCUUCGGCCCGGACGGGUCCGGCGGCUCAAUCCGCGCACCGCUCGCGCGGAACGCCGAGUUUCCGAGCUUGUCGAGCUCAGACAAGUACGGCGUAAGCGACAUGGCGACCAACGGGACCAACCCCUCUGCAAGGCGCACAUCCAUCGAGACCAUCACUUAUGGGUACGAGCCGGUCAAGGCGCGCGAUGUGGAUGAGCUCGCGCGAUACAUGCGUAUGGGGGAGUAUGGGCGGAGCUCGGGGCGGAAGUAG